UCCUGAACAUCCACAGGACAAAUUCAUUAAGCAGGAGGCCAGCAUGGCUGAAAACUCCAAAUUUAUCAAAUACAUUGACGAAGCUUUGGGAAAAUCAAAAGAAACUGCACUUUCUCGUUUAUUUUUCACCUAUCAAGAGAUUCCUUACCCAGUUACCAUGUGUACCUUUGAAACUUUCCAAGCCCUGGACACCUUUGAAGCCAGAAGUGAUGACAUUGUGCUAGCAUCUUAUCCAAAGUGUAGCUCGAAUUGGAUUCUACACAUUGUCAGUGAAUUAUUAUUUGCUGUUUCUAAAAAAAAGUAUGAAUAUUCAGAAUUCCCUGUACUUGAAUGAGGGGACUCAGGAAAAUAUCAGAGAAUGAAGCAGUCUCCAUCGCCAAGGAUUAUGACAACUCACCGCUGCUAUGACCGAUUACCCGGCUGCGUCAUCACGAGGAAGGCCAAGAUUUUGGUGAUAUUUCGGAACCCUAAAGAUACGGUGGUAUCUUUUUUUCAUUUCCACAACAAUGUCCCUGAUAUUCCGAGCUAUGGUUCCUGGGAUGAAUUCUUUAGACACUUCAUGAAAGGAGAAGUUUCUUGGGGAAGUUAUUUUGAUUUUGCAAUGAGUUGGAACAAGCAUCUUGAUGAUGAAAACAUUAAGUUCAUACUAUAUGAAUACCUAAAAGAGAAUCUGGCCACUGGAAUAAAGCAAACUGCUGAGUUCUUUGGAUUCUCUCUAACUGGGCAGCAAAUUCAAGCUAUCUCAUCCCGGAGCACCUUCCAAGCAAUGCGAACCAAGUCACAGGAAACACACGGUGCUGUUGGCCCUUAGCUGUUCCGCAAAGGUGAAGUUGGUGACUGGAAAAAUUUGUUCAGUGAAACUUAGAACCAGGAAAUGGAUGAAAAAUUCAAAGCAUGCCUGACAGGUACUCCCUUGGGAGCGAAGUUGAAGUAUGAAUCAUAUUGCUAAGCUUGAAUCUGCUCCAUUCAGCAGGAAUGGAUAUUUUCUUAUUUUUAAUAAUAGCUGAAUUUAAAGGAAUUAAAUAAUCAAAUUAUGACAUAAUAUUUGAAUCUAAGAUAUACAAAUUUAAUAAUGAAAAUUUUAGGCAUGAACAGACAUUUUUUCACUUGUCAAAGAAGGGACAUUUUAGUUGUGCAAGGGACAUUGCUGUUAAUGUGCCAUACACAGUUGUGCUUCUUUCGUGCUGCAGGUUCACGUUAGAGCAUAAACAGAUCCUAUCGGAGUCAGACCUCAACACACUUGAGCAUAGAUGAGACAGAUUCCAAAUGAUGUUCGAUUUCUUGAGACUUUCGCACAAUACCUCCCACAAUAGUCCAAUGCAUCUAUGGUUCUCUCAAACUUACUGCUGAGGGAAAUUAAUUCUUACCUGUACCGAUGUGACAUUAUGUGAUUAUUCAGCUCAAUUCUACUUUGAUUCAAGAAAAACACAGUGUUCUUUCCGUUUUGUGUAUGUCCUUGGAGUAGGUUCUAGAAAGAGCCUAC